AUGGCUAAACGUGCAGAGCAUCUCCCGGCGAUGCCGCCCCAGGACCCUUCACUGCAAGUUCCAAGCGGUCUCCGGGUUGCUUACGCCAAGCAUCUUCUUGACAAGCAUCUCCGUAGCCUACGGUUCGAACUGAACGAUGGUGUUGGUCGCAAUGAACCCCUUCCCGCAAUCGGCCAUGCACCAUAUCACGGACAUGAAGAUCCCCUGGAGCAUCUCUCCGAGUACAAAGGUCGUGUUGCCAUCGUUGGUGCUGGCGCCACCGGCUUGUACCUUGCCAUGAUGCUCAAGUAUCUCAAGAUCUCCAAUGUGGAUAUAUACGAAGCUUCGAACAGGAUUGGUGGUCGCGUGUAUACGUAUGACUUUGACAAGGAAAACGCAUCUCCUCAUAACUACUACGACAUUGGCGCCAUGCGCAUCCCCGAGAUCGAUGCGAUGCAAUCGUUAGUUUGUCAAUCCCUUUGCUUGAACAGUAAGCUAAACUAUCACAGGACACUUACCCUGAUUGAGGAGCUGAAGCUUCCGAAAACGAAGUAUGUUCUUGAUGCCGGUUGCGAGCCUCAGAUGCAUUGGUACUCUAACACCGAAUCGCCCGACGGUAAGCCAUACGAUGAGCGAAUGAACGAGAUCAUCAAAGGUCUCGGGACAAACUGGGACGAGAAGUUUGAGGAAUGGGUCAAAACUGGCAAGGACAACCAUUCAACCAGAGGCUGGCUUAUGUUCACUGAUCCCAAAUGGACAUAUGACCAGACUGAAGAAGCCGAGUCUGCUUCUACCUCAACUGGCCUAUUCGAGCAGUCAUUCGUUGAAUCUCUAUGCGACUUCAGCGAUUUCCAGGCCACGGCUGGUAAGCCUUGGUGGCGUCUUGAGGGCGGUAUGACAGUCGUCACCGAGAAGAUGAACAAAUGCAUCGAAGAUCCUAAGUGGGCUCCUCACAACCCUGUCUCUCUGAAGGUCACGAAGAACACACCUGUCGUAGCUAUGUCAGAGAACCAUCAGGAAAACAAGAUCGAAGUGACUAUCAAUGGAGCUGAGGGCACCAAGACUGAAGCAUACGACAUGGUCUUCAACACCACCGCCAUGGGUCCUCUCCAGCGCAUGGAUAUCUCGGGCCUGGUCCCCGGUUUCGGUCUUCCUCAGACCCAGAGAAAAAUUCUCACCGGUAUCCGAGCUCUCAGCUAUGACCGAUCUUGCAAGGUCGCAGUCAAGUUCAAGAGCCGUUGGUGGAAGAAUAUGUACAAAGCUUCAACGAACGGUAGCACCUUCGGUGGUGUAUCGGGCUCUGAUCUGCCAAGCAGCAACAUCGUCUACCCAUCUUGGGACGAUGGCGAUGAUACAUCUGCUGUGCUCAUGACGUCUUAUACCUGGGCUCAAGAUGCCACGCGAAUGGGAUCUCUGAUUCCUGACUAUACGAAGCAGAAGCCGCAUAUUGACGACGCAGUUGUUACCCAGUGCUUCCAAGAUCUCGUCAAGCUUUGGGGAGAGAGCAAGGAUCCCAAUAUCACAGUUGAGUUUCUGAGAAACGAGUAUCUCGAGCACCACGCUUUCGCUUGGUCUCACGAUCCCUACACCGGUGGCGCUUUCGCUCUUUUUGGCCCUGGCCAAUUCAGCUAUAUCUACCCUGAGUUCCAGCAGCUCCUCUGCGAUGGAAAGUUUGCUAUCUGCGGCGAGGCACUUAGUCCUCAUCACGCGUGGAUCUCUGGAUCCUUGGAUAGCGGAUACCUUACCAUGCUGAGAUGGUUAAUCCAUCUUGAGGAUACCGAUAGAGCUGAUGCUUUGAAGAAGGCUUGGUUUGGACGCGGAAAGGGUGAGCAUACUGCAGAGUAUGAUGGGAAGUUGAUGAGAUGGACGGUUGAGUUGAGCCAGCAGGCGGCUAAGAGGACUCGAAAGAAGCACUACUGA